AUGGCCGGCCGGCGCGGGGAGGGAGGGGUGGGGCGGCAGGAGAUUGUCCGGCUGGCGGCGCGGGUGGCUGACCUGCUGCAUGAUCUGGAUGACGGCAUGCGCCCCAUCAGCGUGUUCUUCCCCUACCUGCCCACCUCAUUCCACAAGAAGCGCGACGAGGCGCGCGUGGAGAUGGGCAAGAUCUUCGCCAAGGUCAUCCAGGCGCGCCGCGCCAGCCCCCACAAGGAGGAGGACGUGCUGCAGCAAUUCUGCGACGCGCGCUACCAGAACGUGGAGGGCGGCCGCCAGCUGACUGAGGAGGAGAUCACUGGCCUGCUGAUCGCGGUGCUGUUUGCGGGGCAGCACACCAGCAGCAUCACGUCCUCUUGGACAGGCCUCUUCAUGAUUGACUCGAAGCACACCGCGUUUGCGGCGGCUGUGCGCGAGCAGCAGGCCAUCAUGGCGCGCCACGGGGACGACCUGUCCAUGGACGUGCUGGGGGAGAUGGACGUGCUGCACCGCAACAUUACGGAGGCGCUGCGCAUCCACCCGCCGCUGCUGCUGGUGAUGCGCUACGCCAAGCAGCCCUUCAGCGUGACGACGUCGCAGGGCAAAACCUACCACGUGCCUGCGGGGCUGUGA